AUGGCUUCUGGGCCUCAUCCUACUAGGAGGCUCAGCUUGCGCUUCAACCAUUCCAAUGGUGAUAUUGAUAUUAUCAAUCUGAUGCAGCAUAAUGAUGAGCCUACCAAAUACGGUGGCUUGGUAGGAGGCCCUACUCGCAGGGUCUACGUGUGGAGAUACCCCAUUGGAAUGGAUGCCAUCCUCUUCCUCUUCACACUACGAGUAUGA